AUGGCUUUCUACUACACCACCACCCCGUUCGCCGCCCAGGGCGUCGUCGACCCCAUGGACACGACAGAGGACUACCCCGGCUUCGGCCAUCUCGCCCAAGCAGGUGACUGGCAAAGGGCCUGGAAGUACCUCCACGUCUUUAUCCCCAUGCUCAGAGCACGUGGCGAGGCUCUCCCUCCCACUCCAAUCUGGGCCCAGCCUCCUUUCGGAACUAUCCCCUCGCCAUACUGGCAACAGUGGAAGGAGGACUACCACUACCACUACCAGCACCAGCAGCAGCAGCAAUACCAGCAGUACCAGCAGUACCAGCAGUACCAGCAGUACAAGCAGCAGCAACAGCAGCAACAGCAGCAACAGCAACAAUAUCACUACCAGUCCGUCGUCCCACCACCAGUUCCUCGCUCGCCCCCGGCGCUCCUCUCUCGCAUCGGCCCGGCGGCGCCGGCACCCUCGUCUUCCGUCCUCCCGGCUCCGCCUCCUCGCGCUCCUCGCUCGCCUCCCGCCCUGAUGGCCCGCAUGGGUCCGAGGCCUGCCGCCCGCGCAUUCGACAGCUCUACCUUCGAUGUCGUCUUGCCGGGGUCCAAGUAG